AUGUUAGCUCCGAUACUUUUGCUUUUGUACUUUUCUGUGAAUCCGUCAGAUGCCAAUUGUGGCGGAUACUUGUGUGGAUCAGCUUCAUAUUAUCAACAGCAACCACAACAGAUCCCAAGAUAUCAGCCAUCAUACACGCCAGUUCAACAUCCAUCCCAGCAACAAGUUCUACAGUACUAUUACCCCGCUAAUACUUAUCAAAUUGCUCCACAACCAAUGCCCCAAAAAGUGACUCCACCUGUAAUCUCGCCUUCUCUUGAUAAGGAAACACCAGUUUCUACGGGUAAAAUGAAUUAUGAUGAAUUCGAGAAAGAACUCGAAAAACUGAAACCAGCAUCAGCAGUGACGUCUGAAGACAAAGUGGAUAACAAACUGGAUUUGGCACUUCUGAAUGCUUCUAUUCCAACACAAUCGAUCACAUACAUUCGGGAAUUCCCAGCAGGAUACUCUCCAGAAGCUUUCAUGACUCGUCCACUUCCGUACCGCCCUGUUCCAUUUGUACCUGUCCAACUUCCAGCAGCCUGUCAACAGUACUUCAUGCCUCGUCCGAUGCCAAUGCAACCACAAGUUGUCCAACUGCCAUCCGCUUAUGUAACCGCUCCUCCGAUUUCCGUCCGCCAACAACCCGUGUCCAUUCUUCCGCCUCCAAUUAACGAUUGCUGCGGAAAGUGUGGAGCGCCGUGUAAAUUUAGGUCGAAAAAGAAUGUAAUCGCUUUGGCGUCAAAGAUAUUCACAGCUGAAUACGUUCCACGAAGAGAUGCAGACAAUGAGGAUGAGCCAAAAGAUCCAAAAUGCAGUAGCGAGAAAUUGAAGGAUCUUAUGAACAAGUACAUCACAAGGACCGUGGCUUUAUCCAAACGACUAAUCCAAAAGAAUGCGGAAAGUGAACUGGGAGGAUAUUUCUCCGUUUUCUGUUCGAUUGACGAUUUCAGUUAUGUUGCUCGAAGUGAAAUGUUCUGCCAACUCCAAAAGAAUGAUAUCACUUGUUACGCCUUCAAACACAAAUAG